CGGAGGUGAGGCGAAGGGCUGGGGGUCGCGGGGCCCGCACGGCGUGUCUGUUUCCCUGUACCUGCAGCCUCUGGGCCUGGGCCCUGUGCAUUCGGAUCUGUGCCUGCCUCCGAGCUCACCAGCUUUCCUUCCCGGGUACCUGGAGUCCCCGGGCGGCUCCCAGUCCUGCCGACCAGCCACACUCAGCACCUCGCCCUGCUGGGGAAGACAGGCACCGUCUCCCUUCCAGUUCUAAUCUUCCAGCUCCGUGAAGAAAAAUGACCGGGCGAGCCAGAGCGAGAGCACGAGGAAGGGCUUGCGGUCAGGAGACGGUGCAGCACGUGGGGACCCCUGCUGGGCAGAGAGAAGGAGACACCGAACCCAGGCCUCAGCAGCCGGCAGCAGAGGGGGAGUUAGUUGGCCGCGGACGACAGAGAGGAGCAGGCGGAGCGCCGGCCAAGUCACAAGACCUCCAGAUAUCCGCUGGAUUUCAGGAGUUAUCGUUAGCAGAGAGGGGAGGUCGUCGUAGAGACUUUCAUGACCUUGGUGUUAACACAAGACAGAACCUAGACCACGUUAGAGAAUCAAAGACAGGGUCUUCAGGUGUUAUAGUAAGGCUGAGCACUAACCAUUUUCGACUGACGUCCCGUCCCCAGUGGGCCUUGUACCAGUAUCACAUUGACUAUAACCCGCUGAUGGAGGCCAGAAGACUCCGCUCAGCUCUUCUGUUUCAACAUGAAGAUUUAAUUGGAAGGUGUCAUGCUUUUGAUGGAACAAUAUUAUUUUUACCUAAAAGACUACAGCACAAGGUUACUGAAGUAUUUAGUCAGACCCGAAAUGGAGAGCAAGUGAGGAUAACGAUCACCUUAACAAAUGAGCUCCCACCUACAUCACCAACUUGUUUGCAGUUCUAUAACAUUAUCUUCAGGAGGCUCUUGAAGAUCAUGAAUUUACAACAAAUUGGACGGAAUUAUUAUAACCCAAGUGACCCAAUUGAUAUUCCAAAUCACAGGUUGGUGAUCUGGCCUGGCUUUACCACUUCCAUCCUCCAGUACGAAAAUAACAUCAUGCUUUGCACCGACGUCAGUCAUAAAGUCCUCCGGAGUGAAACCGUGUUAGAUUUCAUGUUCAACCUGUACCAUCAAAUAGAAGAGCAUAAAUUUCAAGAACAAGUUUCCAAAGAACUGAUAGGCUUAAUUGUUCUUACCAAGUAUAACAAUAAAACAUACAGAGUAGACGAUAUCGACUGGGACCAGAAUCCAAAGAGCACCUUCAAGAAAGCAGACGGCUCUGAAAUCAGUUUCCUAGAGUACUAUAGGAAGCAAUACAACCAAGAGAUCACGGACCUGAAGCAGCCUGUGUUGGUCAGUCAGCCCAAGAGGAGGCGAGGCCCUGGGGGCACCUUACCGGGGCCCGCGAUGCUCAUCCCAGAGCUCUGCUAUCUCACAGGUCUAACUGAUAAGAUGCGCAACGAUUUUAACGUGAUGAAAGACUUAGCUGUCCAUACCAGACUAACUCCGGAACAGAGGCAGCGUGAAGUGGGAAGACUCAUUGACUACAUUCAUAAAGAUGAUAACGUUCAGAGGGAGCUUCGAGACUGGGGUUUGAGCUUUGACUCCAACUUACUGUCCUUCUCAGGAAGAAUUUUGCAAGCAGAAAAGAUUCACCAAGGCGGAAAAACAUUCGAUUACAAUCCACAGUUUGCAGAUUGGUCAAAAGAAACCAGAGGUGCACCGUUAAUUAGCGUGAAGCCACUGGAUAACUGGCUGCUGAUCUAUACUCGAAGGAAUUACGAAGCGGCCAAUUCGUUGAUACAGAAUCUGUUUAAAGUUACACCAGCCAUGGGCAUACAAAUGAAAAAAGCAAUAAUGAUUGAAGUGGAUGACAGAACUGAAGCUUACCUGAGAGUCCUACAGCAGAAGGUCACAUCAGAUACCCAGAUAGUUGUUUGUCUGUUGUCAAGUAAUCGGAAAGACAAAUACGAUGCUAUAAAAAAAUACUUGUGUACAGAUUGCCCUACUCCAAGUCAGUGUGUGGUAGCCCGGACCCUGGGCAAGCAGCAGACAGUCAUGGCCAUUGCGACCAAGAUCGCCCUGCAGAUGAACUGCAAGAUGGGAGGGGAGCUCUGGAGGGUCGAUAUGCCCCUGAAGCUGGCGAUGAUCGUUGGCAUCGAUUGUUAUCAUGACACCACAGCUGGACGGAGGUCGAUUGCAGGAUUUGUUGCGAGCAUCAACGAAGGGAUGACCCGCUGGUUCUCUCGCUGCGUCUUUCAAGAUCGAGGACAAGAGCUGGUAGACGGUCUCAAGGUCUGCCUCCAAGCUGCCCUGAGGGCUUGGAACAGCUGUAACGAGUACAUGCCCAGCCGGAUCGUCGUGUACCGGGACGGCGUCGGCGACGGCCAGCUCAAAACCCUGGUGAACUACGAAGUGCCGCAGUUCCUGGACUGCCUCAAGUCUGUCGGGAGAGGCUACAACCCAAGACUAACAGUAAUUGUGGUGAAAAAACGAGUGAACGCCCGAUUUUUUGCUCAGUCUGGAGGAAGACUUCAAAACCCACUUCCUGGAACAGUUAUUGAUGUGGAAGUUACCAGACCAGAGUGGUAUGACUUUUUUAUCGUGAGCCAGGCGGUGAGAAGCGGCAGCGUCUCGCCCACACACUACAAUGUCAUCUACGACAACAGCGGCCUGAAGCCGGACCACAUACAGAGGCUGACGUACAAGCUGUGUCACGUCUAUUACAACUGGCCGGGCGUCAUCCGGGUCCCGGCUCCUUGUCAGUACGCCCACAAACUGGCUUUCCUCGUGGGCCAGAGCAUUCACAGGGAGCCCAACCUGUCACUGUCCAACCGCCUGUACUACCUCUGACCUCCACCAGAGGACGACACACAGCGGUUUCUGUGUUGGGAAUGUAACGUCGGGCUUAAGCCUUUUCUUUCUUUUAGCUGUUAUCUUUCUAGAUGAAACUUGGGGAAGGAAUUAGGUCUGGAGUCUUAUUUCUAGCAUUGCUACUUGACUGGCUUAUAGGUAAAAAUUCAAAUUUUAUAUUUUCUCUUGUUUGUUUCCUCAGCUACAGUGUGAGGAUUUUUGUUUUGGAGAAAGAUAUGGAUAAGGUGCUUUGUAUUAUAAACAGACUUUUAGACUAUUUGAAAAGUGGGGAUUUACUCAAAAGUACUUUCAGGAGUGAGCAAGUCCUUCUUUGUAAGCCUUACGUUAAUUAUCUUCUUUUUGAAAUAUUUUCAUUUAAGGAAGCUCACUAGAACUGUAAGGUGGGGUUUUAUUUGGGUAUCUGAUCUCUUUUAGAGAUGAAAGCUGCCAUUAAAUAACCUGUACAAGGUGUGGGAACUGUAUGAGACUCUGUGGAGAAGUAGGCUAAUUUUUUAUUUCAUUUUGGGGCUAGGUGGUAUAGGGGUUAGAAGAUGGUUGAAAAGUUUUAAAUUUCUGUCCAAAGAAACAUUUUAAGACUCUUAAGAGGUCAGUAAUCUAUAUUAACAUGAUGAGUUGUUUUGCAACUGAGACGUUAUUCUGCUUGUUAUAGAAUAAAAUUGGAUUGUUACCCUGUUCGGGAACAGUUUGUUUUUACUGAAAGCAUCUGCAUUUUCAUUCAUUUACUGUAUUUUUUUUUAAAUGGGGGAGAGUUCACUCCGUCAAAGGGCUGUGAUCCAUUUACAAAAGCGAAGGUCCAUGAGUUGGAGCCCCGCGUCGGGCUCUGUGCUGAUGGCUCAGAGCCUGGAGCCUGUUUCCGAUUCUGUGUCUCCCUCUCUCUCUGCCCCGUUCAUGCUCUGUCUCUCUCUCUCUCUCAAAAAUAAAUAAAUGUUAACAAAACAAAACAAACACCGAAAUCCGCAUCACUUGACUUGAGGGUCUACGGCUGCCAUCUGCCGAGUUUGUAACACCAGAAUGGGAGCCGUAGCUCAGAAGUGCAGACCAAGAAGGGUGUUGUUGAGUUCAUAAUCGUAGCUGUUCACGUUUACGUACCUGUAGGAAUUUCAGGAAAUUCUGCAGUUAAUGAACGGAAUUCACUUUUAAAUGGUGCUUGUAAACGUAACGGGUGUGAAUGUUAGCGAUCAUACAUAAACUCGUCUGAGCAUGUUAUACUUGUCUUUUCCAAUAAAUGCCUUAUUAACAUGAA